CCGCUCCGCUCCGGCCCCGCUCCGCUCCGCUCCGCUCCGCUCCGGUCUCCGCCCCGCGCCGCAGCCAUGGACGCCAUCAAGAAGAAGAUGCAGAUGCUGAAGCUGGACAAGGAGAACGCGAUCGACCGCGCCGAGCAGGCGGAGGCCGACAAGAAGCAGGCGGAGGAUCGCUGCAAGCAGCUCGAGGAGGAGCAGCAGGGCCUGCAGAAGAAGCUGAAGGGGACGGAAGAUGAGGUGGAGAAGUACUCGGAGAACGUCAAGGACGCUCAGGAGAAGCUGGAGCAGGCAGAAAAGAAAGCCACAGAUGCCGAGGCAGAGGUGGCCUCCCUGAACCGCCGCAUCCAGCUGGUAGAGGAGGAGCUAGACCGGGCCCAGGAGCGCCUGGCCACUGCGCUGCAGAAGCUGGAGGAGGCGGAGAAGGCAGCUGAUGAGAGCGAGCGAGGCAUGAAGGUCAUCGAGAACAGGGCCAUGAAGGACGAGGAGAAGAUGGAGCUCCAGGAGAUGCAGCUGAAAGAGGCCAAGCACAUAGCGGAGGAGGCCGACCGCAAAUACGAGGAGGUCGCCCGCAAACUGGUGGUCAUUGAGGGGGAGCUGGAGCGCUCUGAGGAGAGGGCAGAGGUGGCAGAGAGUAAAUGUGUGGACCUAGAGGAAGAGCUGAAAAUUGUCACCAACAACUUGAAGUCCCUGGAGGCCCAGGCCGACAAGUACUCCACCAAGGAAGACAAAUACGAGGAGGAGAUCAAGAUUCUAACAGAGAAACUGAAAGAGGCUGAGACCCGAGCGGAGUUUGCAGAGCGCUCGGUGGCGAAGCUGGAGAAGACCAUCGAUGACUUGGAAGACGAGGUGUAUGCCCAGAAGAUGAAGUAUAAGGCCAUCAGCGAGGAGCUGGACAAUGCACUUAACGACAUCACCUCCCUCUGAGCCACUCGCACACCAACGCCCUGCCCUGCCCUGCCUGUCUGUCCAUCCAUCCUGCCCCCACCUGCCUGCCCCUGGGUCACCCUGGCUGCUCCCCACCCAGCCCCCCUGUCUGCCUGCCUGCCUGUCCAUCUGUCUGUCCUCUCUCUGUCUUCAGGCCCCAGUGCUGUCAGGUGUGAGUGCUCAGGCGAGGGGCUGGGAAGCUCCUGGGGGGGAGGGGGGAGCCCUGCUUUGUGUUGCUGCCUCCUGUCCAGGGAGUCCCCCUCUGUCAGCCACAGCCUGGAGGAGGUGCUGGGUUUAGGGGCCCACUGGUACAGCAGGAGGGGCCCCACCGCCUGCCCUGCUGGGGGGCCAAGCCCUGGGGCUCCGGGCGGCUGUGCAGGAGGCAGGGGAAGCAGGAGCCAUAGCCCGAGCAAGAUGCUUGCAGUGGGGCUGGGAGGGGAGGACUGGGGCUCUGUGUCAUCCAAGCAUAUGCGCUUGCUCAGCCACUGUUGGGGCUGACCUGGCCAAAAGCCACAUCCCUGCUGCGGUGGGGUGGGGUGGGGGCUGCCCUGGUGCUGCUGCAUCCUCUCUCCUCUGCCCAUUGCUGUUUCAUUUGCAUCUCAUGACUUUUUUCCUUUCUCUUCUGUCCCACUGAGUUGGUCUCAAUAAAGCAUUUUCUUUCCUCCAUU